AUGCGUUCGUGGAAAGUCCCAGUCAACCAACAGUGGAAAAGACAAUACGACCAAAAUUUGUUGCUAGUCACUGUAUACUUAGUGGUGACUCUUUCUCUCGGGAUGAUCACAGCCUUCUUUUACGUUAUGCCCACAGAACAAGACAAACAAGUUUUCUUCGAAAACGACGUAGCAGAAGCAUAUUUUCCGCAGUGGCAAAAUUUCGUCAUCUGGUUGUCGAAAAUUGGCUUCGUACCUUUGACGUACAUCUCCAUAGUACAACCAUCACUACGAAUCGUUUAUGGCUGGAUGCAUGCGAAGUUCCACAUUUACAAUUGUUUGUUUUUUCUGAAAAACAUGACCGGCGACGAUCGAGAAAUCGCACGCAGUUUGAAAUUUUGUCUGCGAUACCACGUCGAAAUUACCCUAAUUGUGCGAAAAAUCCUACGAGGUGUCCAAAUUUACGUUUUGCCUUUUCAGAUUGUGGGCACGGUUUUGAUAGCGAAUGUCGCUAUAUAUUAUUUUUGGUUUCAAGAUGUCUUAACGGAUCAGUAUCUUCGCAUAUUUUCGUUGGGAAUAACUGCAUUUACUAUUCUUUUCGGUCUCGCGCAAAGUGGUCAGGCGAUCGAAGAUGUCUCGGAUGAUAUAUUGGAUGUGUUGAUAAAUCUGGAUUGGUGCGACUGGAGCGAAAGCAAUAAGAAGAUGUAUCUCAUGUUUUUGGUGAACACUCAAAGGCAGUUUAAAAUUAAAUAUUCCGAAAGUAUUUCGUUGAAUUAUAAGAUGGGGGUUGAGAUGGUGAAGACUUUCUUUUCUAUUAUAUCUGUAAUGUACAGGCUUCAGAAAUAGAAAUAACUAUAAUUCGU